AUGACGACGACAGCGAAAUCAAACCGUCUUCUCCCGCAAUUCUUCCACACGCUUGAUAAUGGCUUUCACACUCACCUCACGAUUCCUGUAUACUUCUUCUCCAAGUACAUUGAAGGAAGAAGCUCGGAGAAGAAGGCGGCUGAGUUAAAAUCGGACGGGUCGGAUAAAACCUGGAGAGUGAAGCUAACUGGCCGUAGACUCAGUGAUGGCUGGGAAGGAUUCGCCGUCGCUCAACAUCUUCAAAUCGGCAAUGUAAUCGUUGUCAGAUACGAAGGAGAUAUGAUCUUCCAUGUUUCGGAUUUAGGAUCCAGUUGCUGUGAGGUUGAAAACGUUAAAGACGACAUUGGUGGAAGUUUGUUGAAGAAGCGUUUGUAUCCAAGAACUCAAGUAGAGUUUUCAUCAAACGAUGAUGAUGAUAGCAUUGAGCUUCCGAGGAAGAAGAAACUGAAGAAGAAUGAAGCAGAAGCAGGAGCAGUUUCUUCUUCCUCAUCAGACAAGUCAUGUUUUGAGGCCACUGUCACGGCUUCGAGUCUACGCACAGAUAAACUGUAUCUCCCGCAACAUUUCACAAGCUCAAAUGGUCUUACGAGAAACUGCCGCAAGAUUGUUAUAAUAGAUGGAGUUGAAAGAUCAUGGCUAUUGGAUCUGAGGCUCGACGAAUCAUCUGAUACUUUUUACAUUAGUCAACGUUGGAGAAGCUUCUGUGACGAAAACAGUAGAAAAGCAGGAGGCUUCUUCAGGUUUAAGCUAGUGGGAAACGGGGAAACUCCAGUACUUAGUUUCUGCCCUACAGAGACUAUUGAUAAUAGAAGGCAAAGAAAGUGUACUGAAGCUAGCCAGAGAGAAUCUCUUUCCACAGAACUUCGCAAAGAUGAGAAUAACAAAGUGAGGAGAGAGUCAUGGGAGAGGGAGAAGAACAAUCUGAGAGGGAGAGAUUCAACUCCAUCGAGCCAAAAACAAUUCGUGACCUUAACAGUUACACCUUAUAGUGUCGAAAAGUGCUUACGCGGUCUUCCAAGGAAAUUCACUAGGGAGAAUGACAUCAACGAGGCUGGAAUGAUUGCUCUGUUGGGCAGAGACGGUGUGAAGCAGCAGACGAAGUUGCAUUCAAACAAAGUAUCGGGAAGUAUGAAUUUGGGAAGCGGAUGGAAGGAUUUUGUUGAAGCAAACGGAUUAAAGAUAGGCAACUCCUUCACAUUCAAGUUAACUUGGGAAGAAAAAACACCUGUGCUUAGUUUAUGCUGUGACGGAGGGCAAGAAGAGUUUUCAAAAGCUGUAGAGACACCGUCUCUUUUCGUAGAUCCUUGCAACAAAGAUGAGAAUAACAUAAAGAAGAGAAGGUCAGUUGAGAGAGAGAAGAAGCGUAGGAGAUGGAGUCUCUCAACUCCAACAAGCCGAAAAGAAUAUGUGACAUUACCAGUUACACCUUAUAGUGUCCAAAAGUCUUUACGCAGUCUUCCAAUAAAAUUCGCGAGGGAGAAUGAUAUCAACAAGCGUGGGAUGAUAACUUUGUUGGGAAAACACGGUAUAAAGCAGCAGACGAAACUGCAUUCAAACAAAUUAUCGGGAAUGGUGAAUUUGGGAACCGGUUGGAGAGAUUUUGUUAAAGCAAACGGCUUAAAAACGGGAGAUUCCUGCACGCUCAAGCUGAAAUGGGAAGGCACAAAUCCUGUGCUCAGCUUGUGCCCCGCAGAAUGUAGGAUUGAUAGAGGGCAAGAAGAGGUUUCAAAAGCUGUAGAGAAACCGUCUCUUUUCAUAGAUUCUACCAACAAAGGGAAGAUCAGCAAAGAAGAGAGAAGGACAGUUGAGAGAGAGAGGAAUCAUAGGAGACGGAGAGUCUCAACUUCACCAAGCCAAAAAGAAUUUGUGACAUUAACAAUCACACCUUAUAGCGUCGAAAAGUGUAUACUGCAUCUUCCAAUGAGAUUCACGAGGGAGAAUGAUAUCAACAAGCCUGGGAUGAUUACUCUAAUGGGGAAAGACGGUAUCAAGCAGCAGACAAAAUUGCUCUUAAACAAAAAACGGGGAAUCAUGACUUUGGGAAGAGGAUGGAGAGAUUUCGCUAAAGCAAACAGCUUAAAAACCGGCGAUUCCUUCACACUCAAGUUGAUUUGGGAAGGCACAACUCCUGUGCUCAGCUUGUGCCCCGCAGAGAGUAGCAUUGAGAGAGGAGGAGAAGGAGAAUGUUCAGAAACAAACAAGAAAAAGUCUCUUCCCAUAGACAACAGUAAAGAGGAAAACUGUAAAGAGGAAACCAUCAAAGAGGAGAGCAGUUUAUGGGAAGAUGAAACUCCUAUGCUCAGGUUACUCAGCACAGAGUCGAUGAUAUCCACGGAAGACACUGAUCCGAGAAAGAGAGAUCCAUCUCCAGCGAUCGAAAACAGAUCAGUGACAUUAACACUAACUCCUGAAGAUGUCAGAGCCUGUAAGCUGAAUCUUCCAAGUCAGUUCUUGAAGGAUAAUGGCAUCAACAAACUUGGAAAGAUGACUAUUUUGGGUGAAAACGGAAUGGAAUUAUCUGCGUUUCUCUUGUCAAGAGAUGGAACUGCUGCUUUGGAAGAUGGUUGGGAUGACUUUUGUGAAGCUAAUGGCGUGAAGUUAGGAGAGUCUUUCACUUUAGAGUUCGUUAAUGAACAAGACAAAACAACUCCUGUACUUAGUUCAAGCAGUGACAUCGUCUCUGUGUUGUCACUGUUUUUAUCUCAUUUCCUCCUCAAACUUCGGAUUUUGUUAAGCAAAGCACAAACCUUUAUCAAUUUGUGUCACCGCCCAAAAUCCGAUUCUUUUGUUUCUCUUGAGAUUCUUCCAACGAUGGCGACGACGGCGAAAUCAACACGUCUUUGCCCGCAAUUCUUCCACACGCUUGAUAAUGGCUUCCACACUCAACUCACGAUUCCUGUAGACUUCUUCUCCAAGUACAUUGAAGGAAGAAGCUUGGAGAUGCAGACGGCGGAGGUCAAAUCCGACAGGUUUGAUAUAACUUGGAGAGUGGAGAUGACUGGCCGGAGUCUCGAUGAUGGCUGGGAAAGAUUCGCCGUUGAUCAUCAUCUUCAAAUCGGCAAUGUAAUCGUUGUCAGAUACGAAGGAGAUAUGAUCUUCCAUGUUUCGGAUUUAGGAUCCAGUUGCUGUGAGAUUCAAGACGUUCAAUACAACAUUGGUAGAAGUUUGUUGAAGAAGCGUUUGUAUCCAAAAGCACAAGUAGAGUUUUCAUCAAACGAUGAUGAUGAUAGCAUUGAGCUUCCAAGGAAGAAGAACCUGAAGAAGAACUGUCCUGAAGCAGAAGCAGAAGCAGUUUCUUCUUCUUCAUCAGACAAGUCAUGUUUUGUGGCCCUUGUCACGGACUCGAAUCUACUCUCAGAUAAACUGUAUCUCCCACAACAUUUCACGAGCUCAAAUGGUCUUGCCAGAGAUUGCCGCAAGAUUCUUGUAAUGGAUGGAGGGGAAAGAUCAUGGGUAUUGGAUCUGAGAUUCGACGAAUCAUCUGAUACUUUUUACAUUAGCAGAGGUUGGAGAAGCUUCUGUGAUGAAAACAGUAAAAAAGCAGGAGGCUUUUUCAUGUUUAAACUAGUGGGAAAUGGGGAAACUCCUGUGCUCAGUUUCUGCCCUAAAGAAUCUAUCCUAAAGCCUCAUCAACAACAAGGCAUAGGCUACAACAACCGCGGUCGUGGUGGAAGAAAUAAUAGAAGUCAGAGAGACUGUUCUGGAGCUAGCGGGAGAGAAUCUCUUUCCACAGAACUUAGCAACAAAGACAAUGAUAGCGAAGAUGAGGAUUACGAAGUGGAGAGAAGGUCAAGGGUGAGGGAGAAGAACAAUCUGAGAGGGAGAGAUCCAACUCCAUUGAGCCCAAAACAUUUUGUGACCUUAACAAUUACACCGUGUACUCUCAAAAAUUGUGUGCUGCAUAUUCCUUUGAGAUUCACGAGGGAGAAUGAUAUCAACAAGCAUGGGAUGAUCAUUCUGUUGGGAAAAGACGGUAUAAAGCAGCAGACGAAAUUGAAUUUAAACCAAAGAACAGGAAUCAUGUCUUUGGGAAAAGGAUGGAAAGAUUUCGUUAAAGCAAAUGGCUUUAAGACUGGCGAUUCCUUCACACUCAAGUUGAUUUGGGAAGGCAACACUCCUGUGCUCAGCUUGUGCCCUGCAGAAACAAACAAGAAAACUUUUCUUCCCAUAGACAACAACAAAGAGGUAAGAAGCAAAGAAGAAAGUGUAAAUGCAAGCGGCUAUAGGAGACAGAGAGUCUCAACUCCAUCGAGCCAAAAACAAUUUGUGACAUUGACAAUUACACCUUACAGUGCCGAAAAGGGUAUGCUGAAUCUUCCAUUGAGAUUCACGAGGGAGAAUGAUAUCAACAAGCCUAGGAUGAUCAUUCUGUUGGGAAAAGACGGUAUAAAGCGGCAGACGAAAUUGAAUUUAAACCAAAGAACAGGAGUCAUGUAUUUGGGAAAAGGAUGGAAAGAUUUCGUUAAAGCCAAUGGCUUCAAUACUGGCGAUUCCUUCACACUCAAGUUGAUUUGGGAAGGCAACACUCCUGUGCUCAGCUUGGGCCAUGCAGAAACAAACCAGAAAACUUGUCUUCCCAUAGACAACAACAAAGAGGAAAGAAGCAAAGAAGAAAGCAGCGUAGGGCUGAGAGAGUAUAAGCUCCAGAGAUGUAUGGACUCAACUUCACCAAGCCAAAACCGAUUCUUGACAAUAACAAUCACACCUAAGAUUCUCCAAGAUAAAAGUUUGCGUCUUCCAACGAAAUUCGUAAUGGAGAAUGGCAUGAACAAGGCUGGAAUGAUUUAUCUGUUGGGGAAAGAUGGUAAAAAGUGGGCGACAAAUCUUGCAGAGGAAAAAGACGGAAGAUGGAGUUUGGGAAAUGGAUGGGUAGUUUUUGCUGAAGGAAACGAGUUUAAGCCAGGCGAGACGUUUACAUUGGAGUUAAUAUGGGAAGAUGAAACUCCUAUCCUGAGGUUUCUCAGCACAGAGUCUAGUAGUUUAAAAGCUAACAAUCAAGAGCCGAUGAUUUCCAAGGAAGAGACUGAGCCUAGAAAGAGAGAUUUAUCUCCAGCAAUCGGAAACCGAUCUGUCACAUUAACACUAACUCAUGAAGAUGCCAGAGCCUGUAAGCUGAAUCUUCCAAAUCAGUUCUUGAAGGAUAAUGGUAUCAACAAACUUGGGAAAAUUACUAUUUUGGGUGAAAACGGAAUGGAAUUGUCUGCGUAUCUAUUGUCGAGAGAUGGAACUGCUGCUUUGGAAGAUGGUUGGGUUUCUCCGACAAUAGCGAAAUCAAAGCGUCUUCACCCGCAAUUCUUCUCCACACUUGUUAAUGGCUUUCAAACUCACCUCACGAUUCCUGUAGACUUCUUCUCCAAGUAUGUUGAAGGAAGUAGCGUAAAGGAGACGGCCGAGCUGAAAUCGGACGCCUCGGAUAGAGCCUGGAGUGUGAAGAUGACUGGCCGGAGUCUCAGUGAUGGCUGGGAAGUGUUUGCGCUCGCUCACGAUCUUCAAAUCGGCGACAUGGUACUUGUCAGGUACGAAGGAGAUAUGGUCUUCCAUGUCUCGGAUUUAGGACCCAACUGCUCUGAGAUUCCAAGCAAGGACAAUGAUGGUCAGGACGACAUUGGUAGAAGUUUGUUGAAGAAGCGUCUGUAUCCAACAACACAAGUAGACUUUUCAUCAAACGAUGAUGAUAACAUGGAGCUUCCAAGAAAGAAGAAAGUGAAGAAGAACAGUCCUGAAGCAGAAGCAGAACCACAAGCAGUUUCUUCUUCUUCAUCAGACAAGUCAUGUUUUGUGGCCCUUGUCACGGCUUCGAAUCUACUCUCAGAUAAACUGUAUCUUCCACAACAUUUCACGAGCUCAAAUGGUCUUGCAAGAAACUGCCGCAAGAUUCUUGUAAUGGAUGGAGGGGAAAGAUCAUGGGUAUUGGAUCUGAGGUUCGAUGAAUCACCUGGUACUUCUUACAUAAGCACAGGCUGGAGAAGUUUCUGUGAUGAAAACAGUAAAAAAGCAGGAGGUUUUUUUAUGUUUAAGCUGGUGGGAAACGGGGAAACUCCUGUGCUCAGUUUCUUCCCUGAAGAAUCUAUCAAUGAUAGAAUGCAAAGAGACUGUUCUGAAGCAAGCCAGAGAGAAUCUCUUUCCACAGAACUUCGCAAAGAUGAGAAUAAAAAACUGGAGAGAAGGUCAUGGGAGAGGGAGAAGAACCAACUGAGAGGAAGAGAUUCAACUCCAUCGAGCCAAAAAGAAUUUGUGACCUUAACAAUUACACCUUCUAGUGUGAAAAGUUGUGUGCUGCGUCUUCCAAGAAAAUUCACAAGGGAGAAUCACAUCAACAAGCCUGGGAUGAUUGCUCUGUUGGGCAAAGACGGUAAAAAGCAGCAUGCGAGAUUGCUAAAAGAAAAACCAGCUGGAGCAAUGUUAUUGGGAUACGGCUGGAAAUAUUUUGUUAAAGCAAACGGCUUCAAUACUGGCGAUUCGUUCACGCUCAAGUUGAAAUGGGAAGGCACAACUCCUGUGUUUAGUUUAUGCUGUGAAAAAUCUAGAAGUGACAAGCAGUCUCUUUUCAUAUAUCCUAGCAACAAAGAGGAGACAAGGUCACCGGAGAGGGAGAAGAAUCUGAGAUGGAGAGAUUCAACUCCAUUGAGCACAAAACAUUUUGUGACGUUAACAAUAACACCUUACUGUGUCGAAAGGGGUAUACUGCGUCUUCCUAUAGAAUUCACAAGGGAGAAUCACCUCAACAAGCCUGGGAUAGUGACUAUGUUAGGCAAAGAUGGUAUAGAGCACCAGACGAAACUGCUACUAGACAAAUCACAGAAAAGGAUGUAUUUGGGAAAAGGGUGGAAAGAUUUAGUUAGAGCAAACGGCUUGAAGAUGGGCGAUUCCUUCACACUCAAGUUGAAAUGGGAAGGCACAACUCCUGUGCUCAGCUUGUGCCCCGCAGAAAGUAGCAUUGACAGAGGAGGAGAAGGAGACUGUUCAGAGACAAACCAGAACAAGUCUCUUCCCAUAGACAACAGUAAAGAGCAAAACUGUAAAGAGGAAACCAUUAAAGAGGAGAGCAGUUUAUGGGAGACAGAUAAUAAUCACCUGAGAUGUAUGGACUCAGCUUCACGGAGCCAAAACCGAUUCUUGACGUUGACAAUCACACCUGAGAUUCUUCAAGAGAAAAGAAUGCAUCUUCCAAGGCAAUUCGUCAUGGAGAAUAACAUGAUCAAGCCUGGAAUGAUAUAUCUGUUGGGAAAAGAUGGUAAAAAGUGGGCAUCAAAUCUUGUAUGGGAAAGUGAUGGAAGAAGGAAUUUGGGAAAUGGCUGGAAAGUUUUUGCUGAAGCAAACGAGUUAAAGCUAGGGGAAUGCUUUACAUUGGAGUCAAUCUGGGAAGAUGAAACUCCUAUGCUCAAGUUCUUACGUACUUAG